AUGGUGACAACUGAGAAUGUUUCAUCAGAUAUUAAAAUCACCACCACGCCCAAUGAACUUUUAGAUCCCAAUAACAAUAUUUCCACACUAGAUAAAACAAAUCAUCAACGAAAUGAAUCGUCAUAUUCACAAAACUUUUCCUUUUUGCGAGAAUACGAUAUAGAUUCACCUUCUCAUAGAAAUAGCAUGUCCGAAGAUGAAAUUGACCAAGAAUUGCCGGACCCUUCAUUCUUAAAUGAAAUAGAUAACUUAGAACUACUACAGGGGACAUCAAAUGAUGAUUCUAGCACACCAACUAAUAACUACCAACUGAGCGAAGAGGAAAUAAAGAGCAAUAGAGAUAGUUUUGUCAAACCAACAAACCUGGAGACAGAUGAACAAAUCUUAAAGUCAGAUUAUGAUCGUUAUGGAUUUAAAAAGACGUCAUCGGUCACCGGGUUAACAUUAGACGAAUAUAAUGAAUGGUUUAAACUGUAUUCUCAAUAUUCUCAAACAAGAAAGAAGAAAUGGUUAAUUCUAAUGAAGAAUAAUGGAUUACACGUAAAUGAUUCAGAUACUGAAAGUUAUAACAACAACAACAACAACGUACCUACUCGAUUCCCACCUAGAUCAGAUAAAGUAAAGAAAAUGAUACGUCGAGGAAUACCACCAGAAUGGAGAGGAAAUGCAUGGUUCUUUUAUGCUGGUGGAUAUGAAAAACUAAGUAAAAAUGUCGGAACUUAUGAAAAAAUCGUUAAGGCCACUUACAAUGUGAAAACCAAGGAUACUGAAGUUAUUGAAAGAGAUUUAAAUCGAACUUUUCCUGAUAAUAUAUAUUUCAAUUCAUCAAUCAAAGGUAUUUUUUCAUCAAUGGAAACUUUACAACAAGAAAAGGAGCAUGAAACAUUGUUGAUCAAAUCAUUAAGAAGAGUAUUAGUUGCCUUUGCACAGCAUCAACCACAAAUAGGAUAUUGUCAAUCAUUAAAUUUUUUGGCUGGUCUCUUAUUAUUGUUUAUGGAAGAAGAAAGAGCAUUUUGGAUGCUUGUUAUUUUAACAGAACGAAUUAUCCCUAAAGUUCAUCUGGCAAAUUUAGAAGGGGUUCAUACUGAUCAAGGGGUUUUAAUGUUAUGUGUAAAAGAGUAUAUACCACAAUUGUGGCAAGUUUUAGGAAAGAAUUUUGAUGGUGAAACUCUUUCUGAAGAUAAAAUUUUAUCAAGAUUACCUCCAGUCACAUUAGUCACUUCUUCUUGGUUCAUGUCAUUAUUUGUUGGGAUUCUACCUAUUGAAACUACUUUAAGAUUAUGGGAUAUACUUUGGUAUGAAGGUUCGAAAACCAUUUUUAGAUUUUCGUUAACCAUAUUUAAAAUGUGUCUGGAUUCACCAGAAUUUAAUAUAAAACAAAAUCGUCGUAGGGAUGGAGGUGAAUCGGAACAAAUUGAAUUAUUCCAAUUUAUGCAGAAUUUCCCCAAGAAGAUUCUUGAUGCAAAUUUAUUAAUUGAUUUUUGUUUUAAGAAAAUUGGUGGUUAUGGGUUUGGUUCAUUAUCGCAAGAUGAAAUCAACAAAUGCAGAGCAUUUGUAUCUAAGCAAAGAGAAAAAAUGAAUAAAAAGCUGAAUCAAAAAGGGUUAACCGAUAUGACUGAUGAGGAAAGAAACACCUUAUUGAAGUCUUCUACAGGAUUUGAGACUUCUGAUAUUCAUGAUGUGUAUGGAUUUAAUCGUUCAAUCAUGAGUGGCAUGGUCUGGAAUAAAAAUAUAAGUAAUAAAAUGAAGAAAAAGUUUGUGGUGGGGAAACGUAACAGCUCCCGAUGA